AUGCCUAGACCAAGCAGGCAUCGGUUGCUUAGCUGUCCACAGUGCUUUCAGGACGUGGGGGGUCACGCUUUUGCACGUAUUUGGAUCAUUUCGCCGUCCUGGCCCAGCAAGGGACGUCGCCGGCCUUUUGAUCUGGAAUGUUAUGCAGAGAGGGAGAGCUGCUUUAUUUUCAGGCGUGCGGCAUCGACCUCGCGACUCACUCCUCUCUUUGGCAUUCCAGUCACUCGCCUACAGCAUGUCCAGGGCAAUAACAAGCAGCUGUACCGGAUGUACGCUAGCGGGCUUCCGGACCAUAGAUUGAUCACGAUGCCGGCUCUUUCACCAACGAUGGAGCACGGCACACUUGUUAAUUGGCAGAAGAAAGAGGGCGACGAAGUAGCGGAAGGCGAGAUAAUCUGUGAAAUUGAAACAGACAAGUCGGUGAUGGCAUUCGAAGCAGCCGAAGAAGGUUUUCUCGCGAAAGUUCUUGUUCCAGCUGGCACUAAGGGCAUCAAAAUUGGAAAACCAAUUUGCGUUUUCGUAGACAAAAAGGAGGAUUGUGGCGCUUUUGCAAAUUUCAAGGCGGAGGGAAAGAUUCCCUAA